AUGUCUAGACGACGACGCAGCACCAAUCCUCCUCCCUCCUACAUCUCAAGCACUAAUGACGACGACUGGUACUCCAUCAAAGCUAUUCUAGACGAGCGAAAAACAAAGUUCGGCAAACUCGAGUACCUUGUCGACUGGGAAGGACUAAAUCCAGAGACUGGGGAGCCUUACGAGCCCUGGUGGCAUCGCGCCCUCACAGAGCUCGCCGCCACGACCCUCGCAGCCACAGUCUUCGCCACAACCGCCCUCGCCACCACCACCCUCGCAGCUUCAAAGCUCACUCCUCCUCCCUCCUUCAUCCCCGCCGAUCCCGAGACCAAGCCCCAGCAGUAG